AUUUUUUUUCGUUUUUCGUUUUUCGUUUUUCGUUCUCUUCUUUUCACUUGGUUGUUUAUUUAUUUAUUAGUAGCUUUACUUUUUCUCUAUUUUUGUUUUUUUUCCCAGAAAAUAGAAUCGAGAUGAAUACAUCGAUAUUAACAAAUGCAGAAAAUACUAUUGUAUUACAGCAAAGAAGGCCAUCUGACAUUUUGGAGGAAUCUUAUGUUGCACAAAAUGUCAAUAGUAACAGUAAUAGUCGAAAGAAUUCAUAUUCUUCAGCAACUACUGCAACUGGCGAGUUAACCAAUUACAGCUCUUUUUCUACUGCAGUAACUAGCUCAACUACAAAUGCAUCCAUAAGUCAUGAUAACUUUAUUAACUCUACUUUUUGGUCUGUCCCUACUACAUCUAGUAAUACUACCGUAAAUAUAGGACAUGACACUUUUUGUGCUUCCCAACCUAAUUCCAUCAUUCAUCCAUUAGAUUCAAAUCUAAUGUUCCAAAACUGGAAUUCAACUUCUUUCUCUGCUCAACAAAUGAAACAAGGAGAAUGGAAUCUACAAGAACUACAGCCUCAGCAUAAUAUACCGUUUUUAACAAAUCCUUCAUCUUCUACCUCCAUCAAUGCUACUUAUACAGCUAAUACAAUUUCCACACCUACCUUUACCUCGAUUACUACUAAUAAUUCUACUAAUUCUAAUACAGCCACUAUUACUACUUCUACUUCUUCUACUACUACUACAAAUAAUAAUAAUACUAACAAUAAUAACAAUAAUAAUAACAACAACAAUACUAUCAUUAAUCCCUCUAUCCCUAAUAAUAACAAUACUCAUUACAUGUUGAAUAACAUAAUACCACAAGAUCCAACUACAAAUGAUUACAGUCAUAUAAUUCCUAUGGAAGGUUUUGGUUACGGCGGUAGUUUCACUUCAACAAAUAUGACUACAGAGCCACCCUCAAUGGUGAAUACAGCCUAUUCAACACCUAAUAGUGGAUUAAUGACACCGCCUGUACCGAAUUAUUUUAUGCCUAGACAUAGUUUACCAACUAUGAUGAACACAAGUAUGAUGUCGAUGUCUGUUGAUCAUCAUAAGGCAACUGUACGUAAAAACCGUCGUAAUUCUUCUAAUGACAUGUGUCAACCUCAACGUACUUAUGGCAAGAGAAAUUCAUCUCAUCCUUCAGUUGCUUCAGUUGUUUCACUGACAGCUCACGAACCUGUAGCAAAAAUAAUCAAUGGUAUUGAGCAUAUCACUUUUCUAUACUCGCAUGAUCGUCUUGUAAGAGAAUAUACAGUUCGUACAGAUGUGCAUAAUGUAAAUAUAAAUGAUAUUGGGGCUGAAUUUCGUAUGCAAAAUGCUAUUUAUCCAAGAGCCAAUGUACAUAGAGAUGAAUAUGACGGUAAUCGAUGGGACUACGAGACAAGUUGUAAUGAGUUGGGUUGGAGACUUUGUUGGUUAAAUAGCGAGCAAUUAGUUGGCAGAAGAGGUCUUAUUCAACGUGCAGUUGACUCUUAUCGUAAUCGACAUGCUGAAAUGCGCUCAAGGAGAGUUACUCGUCAAGAAAAAGUAGCAAAUGGUACUUUGCGUAAACGUCGUUCAAAGAAAUCUUCGAUAUCUAAUAAUACAAUUGAAUAAAUAACAAUAUAAUAUGUAGUAAUUCAUUUUUUUUUAAAAAAAU